AUGGAGCACAACCACCUCCACCUCCACAACGGCUCCCUGCUGGCGCACCACCGCUAUGGCUGCGGCUUGGGAUACGCACCUGUCGUCUACUACAGCCUGCUGCUCUGCCUGGGGCUGCCGGCAAAUAUCUUGACAGUCAUCAUCCUUUCCCAGCUCGUGGCUCGCAGGCAGAAGUCCUCCUAUAACUACCUUCUAGCUCUAGCUGCUGCUGACAUCCUGGUUCUCUUCUUCAUCGUCUUUGUUGAUUUCCUCAUGGAAGACUUCAUCUUGAACAAACAGAUGCCUCAGGUACUGGACAAAGUCAUUGAGGUCUUGGAAUUUUCUUCCAUCCACACCUCAAUUUGGAUUACGGUUCCACUAACGAUCGAUAGAUAUAUAGCUGUGUGCCAUCCGCUAAAGUAUCACACAGUCUCCUACCCUGCUCGUACUCGAAAAGUCAUCGUAAGUGUUUAUAUCACCUGCUUCUUGACCAGCAUCCCAUACUACUGGUGGCCCAACAUCUGGAUCGAAGACUACAUAAGCACAUCAAUGCAUCAUGUGCUCAUCUGGAUCCACUGCUUUACUGUUUACUUGGUGCCAUGCUCCAUCUUCUUCAUCCUGAAUUCCAUCAUCGUCUACAAGCUGCGGCGAAAGAGCAAUUUCCGACUGCGAGGGUACUCCACAGGGAAAACAACAGCCAUUUUGUUUACUAUAACUUCUAUUUUUGCCAUACUUUGGGCACCAAGAAUAAUCAUGAUAUUGUAUCACCUCUAUGUAUCGCCUAUAAACAACAGCUGGGUGGUACAUAUUGUGUCGGACAUCGCCAAUAUGCUAGCACUGCUGAACACUGCAAUUAAUUUCUUCCUCUACUGUUUUAUUAGCAAAAGAUUUCGCACAAUGGCAGCUGCCACACUGAAAGCCUUCUUUAAGUGUCAGAAGCAACCUGUGCAAUUCUAUACAAAUCAUAACUUUUCCAUAACAAGCAGCCCUUGGAUUUCCCCAGCCAACUCUCACUGCAUCAAAAUGCUUGUUUACCAAUAUGAUAAGAACGGAAAGCCUAUAAAAAUAUCACCAUGAAAAGGGCAAUAGGUGGAGUUUCUGGGUGCAAGUUCUUUUCAAGUGGUUACAUCUCCAGGAUGUAAUUUGCUGAGGUAGCUGUUUUGAAGAGUGGUCAUUUGAUUUCAUUUCCCUGGGAGACCACAGGCAGAUCAGACUGUUGGGAGGGAACAGGAGCACUUGAUUUUACACGGCAUUUUGAAUAUGCUUCAGAGUUCAAGUCUUAGCGUUCAGUCACGCUCAAGCGUUUUGCAUCCCAGCACCAGUGCAGUCCAGCGUCAUCGGACGGGGGAAGCCACAACAGCGUUUAAUUACAACCUUUUAAAACACAACAACAAAACCUUACUUGACCAUGCAGCUUGCCAUCAACAGAGCGAACAGAUGCUUUCAUGUACUGCGGAAGGUGCCGUUUCUGGUGCGUGCACUUGCCAAAAAUGACGUGUUGUUUCUGACAUGAGAUACCACCACAUGUGGUCUCGCUGUCAAGACAUCCUUGCAGGAGGCAGCCUGUGAGACAAAUGGUGACAAGCCCUUUUUGGCUCAUCUGAACAAGGCCGGGGGACCGAUCUAGUACCUGUUGCAGCCUUGGCGUGGA